AGCACAAGGAACGAAAGUCACACGCAGCAUUUUAUGAAGUAGCGGCACAAAACUAUGCAAAGACUAUAAAUGAACAUUUCAAAGUAUGCAGCUAUGAUUUUCUCACGAGGGGAUGGGAGAUGGGUGGGGGGAGGGGGCGCGGGUGAGCGUGGCCCUUUAAAAGUGCGCGGUGACGUCAUCUAUUUUUGACAGGAGGCGAGCAGCGGGAGAAGAAAGGAGCGGACGCACCGGGAGGGCGAAGGAUGCGCAGGAUAACGGCGCCGCUUCCGAGCCUCCCAUGAUCAGCACGUCGGAGGCGGUGGGCCGCAGGAGGCCGUCGGCGGCCCGGCGCAGCGAGCGCUGGAUCGCCUGGUGCCAGGCGGCGCUGCUCGGCGUGUCGGCGCUGGUCAUCGCGGCCGAGAGGAGCGCUCUGAUCUACUGUAUCGGGUUUUACCUGUGGAACGACGAGACACGGUGGGCCGGUUUCACGCUGGGGCUCUUUCUCCCGGGUACUGCAGUCCAGCUGCUGAGCGUCAAAUGGUACUACGACGACGGCGACGAUCGGCGAUGGUACCUCUCGACCGUGCACAUUCUUCACUUGGGUAUUUUCAAACGGCUGUGGGACUGCAUGAGGUACGUGUCACGGAUGCACUGCUCGGUGGCAGAGCUCGGCGCUGUGGUCAUGCUGCAAGCGGACGUCGCCGCACUUUGGCUCUUGGAGGCUCUGGUGGUCACACUGCCCCAGAGCCUGCUGCAGGCCUACAUCGUCAUGUCCACCGACGUGGGCAUCAUGUCCCCAGUGGCCUACUGCUGCGGUCUUUGCGUGCUCUCCGUUUCCUGGGCCCUGGUGCUGUACAGCCGCGCCUGCUGCCUCAUCCGGCCGGGCCACCUCGCCAUGCCUCCGGCGGCCCUGCUCUGCCAGCUGGUGUGGAGGGCCGGCAUGCUGGGUGCCAGGGUGACGUGCCUCAUGUUCUUCGCCAGGGUGUUCAACUGGUGGGUCUGCGGCGUGGCAGGUUUUCACUGGCUGACGGCCUCCUUCUGGCUGGUAUCACAGCAACCCGACAUCUGCACCGGGCCCUGGUGCUGGCGUGCCUUCAACGGCCUCCUGGGGCUCAUCCACGUCUUCCUCUUUCUCAACGUCAAAGACGGGCCGUCGCGAUUCCGCAUGGCCAGCUUUUAUACCUUCAUGCUCAUCGAGAACACCACUUUGCUGCUGGCCGCCUCCGACUUACUGAGCGAAGUUUCGUGGGACAACAUGACCUUCCCCGUGACUGUCCUAUGCAGCUUUAUGCUCGGCGCUACCUCCCUGGUUGUCUACUACCGCUUCCUGCAUCCCAAGUCAACAGAGAUCGCCCAAGGUCUCCACCACAACCACAUGGCCAGGACCUGCAUCGAACGAGGGGAAUCCUCCUUUUCUCUCGGCGACAAAAGUCUUCCGGUUGGCGGCGUCCAAAACCACGGCAGCUUCUCCCUCUCCGGAGUGGCGGGUUCACUGCUGGAGCAUCCGAGUACGUGCCAGGGGAGGCCAAACAGUUCCUGUCUUUGCUACCACCAUCACUGGCUUCUCAUCCGGCUGGCCCUCAAAACUGGCGACCUUGGGAAGAUCAACCGAGCGUACGGAGCAGGCGGGGCGGCGGCCAUACUGGACUUGGAGGAGUAUAAUCAGGAGUUUAAGAGUACUGAAGGCAACACCAGCUCAGCAGGGGGACACGGCGAGGGCGUCUCCACCUCCGAGUCUCAGGGGCAAGGCGUGGUACCCCUGUCGGACUGCAAAGACGAGUUCCAGACUGUCAGCGAACCCACUUCCUUCGAACAAGCAGAGGAUGACAGUCUGGAGAUGGAGAGUCCGCUGGAGUCGCCCACUUCGGAUUUCAAGCGCAGCUCGCCCGAGGGCAAAUCCGUAUUCGGAGACAGUCCGGAGCCAUACUUCUGCCCCACCGAGUCCAGUUCCACCUUGUAUUUCAGCGCUGAUCCUCAGUCUCCCAGCAGCGCCAGUAACCCCCGUUUGGACCGGGACACGGGGGGUUUGGAACAGAGCGCGCGUCUCAAUUCCAUUCCGAGCGAUCCGGCUCUUCACAGGGACAUCCGGGGACUGAUCAACCGGGUCGGGCCGCGCUACACGUCCACCCCUAAACUGGACUCAGGAGUGCUGGACUCUGCCUCCGGUAUCCUUCACCUCACGGGUCCCAGGAGGCAGCUGAUAAUGUCCCGUAGAGACGAAGGCGAACAUUUUUGACCGGUUUGGGGAUUGGCUGACUCAAGAAAGUCACUCCAUCAUGACAAUAUUCAGCUUCAAUGUUUUAAAGUCAAAGGAAGACUCUAAAAUUAUUCAGUAAUGAGAGGCAAGCAAAAAAUAAUCUGCCAAAUAAAGGAUAAUAAAAGAGAUACUCUAUUAUAGCGACAAAGAAACAGCAAUAUAUUGCACAAGUGCUAAAUUCACACAAACGGGGCCAUUUGACGCUCUUUUAAUGCUAACAGUGCUAAUAAGCUAAUUGGCUAUGCAUUGAUGCACCUGAGUUGCAAUCAUCCAUGAAGUACCGUAUUCCCUCAAAUAGUGGGAUCGACAUAGACAUGGCAUCUGUAAAGCUGGAAUUCAGUUUGGGUUUUAAGAAUUUGCGAUGGGGGGGGAGAAAUUUCUGUUUGUAGAAAAGUAUUUUAAAUGUAGUCUUUAAAUAAGUCAUGGUAAGUAGUAGGCAUCUGGUACUCUCUGCAGUUGAGUAAUGAAAUGGUCCAUGACGCUAUAUGAGGAAGUACGGUAAUAUUUCGCCGUUGGAACGCGUAGCUGCUUUAUUGUCUGACUUUGUAACCUUUACAAAGUCAAACUUAACCUUUGGGAUAAAUCAAAUGAUCAAAUUAUAGAAUUUAUGAUAGCGUAACCGGGCCACACCUUGUAAUAAUUGCACAAGCCUCUCAGUCAUCGAGUCUCUUAAAGCACAACCAGCACCAUAUCGCUCGUUUUUGAACGUAGUACAGUAUUCACAUUAAGAGAAAUUUAAAAAAGAGCCCCUCAGACUAGAUAUGCUGUAUGUAUUUUUAGGCAUAUGCUAUAAACAUAUCAGUUUGCUGUGCUUUUGAGCUGGAUCGACGUGUCAGCCUGGACGUGAGGCCUGCCGAAACCUGCUGUGAAAUUUUUCAUUUAGUGUGUUCUCCAUUUCUUGGAGCGGAAGUACAUUUUUCGUUUCCUUUUUUUUUCUAUGCUGUGAAAAUAUGGCAAUCCACCAAAAAAACAACAACAAAAAAAAAACAAUUAUUUUGCCAUCAGACGUUGUAUGAUAUUUGAACUGUGAAUUGGAAGGCCACCCGUGGCUUUUAAACGAGCAAUAAAACGCAAACGUGGUGCGGCAAGCGAAAUAAAGAUUUUUAACGCGUGAUUACUUUUUGCACGUUUGCUCUUUGAACAUUUUUAAAUGAACCAAAAUCACAAUCAUAAUCUGCCAACUGCAACUUUAAAGAACCUGCAGGAAUUUCUGCCGAAUGCUGUCUGUUUACUACUUUCCAAUAACAAGAUAAUUAUUAUUUUUUUUAAAAGUAGUUGAUGAUAAUUUAAUUAUAGAUGACAAAAAUGAGUGCUAUUUUGCCUUUAUAAGACUGUACA